CAAGCGCGGAAAGAAGCAGAAAGUUGCCUGCCUGGAAGUUUUCUCGGGCUUAACAACUUAAAUCCGUCGUGGGUGUCAAUAUCCUGUGAAUAAAAAUAUCCCUAGGGUAGCUGUGCACUUGGCACACGACUGCAUAUCGAAUUAACCCAAUUUAAAGCUCCGGAUCAGCUGCUAACAUGUCGGAAAGAUCGAAAGGUGACGUGUCCGCUCGCGUAAACAACAACGCAAACCAGACGCGUGUCGUUAAAAAUCCGCUUCUGAGCGCCUCCGUGACCGGCCUGAGUUUCGACGACUUCCCCAACAAGCCGCAGCUCCUGCCCGCCGCCCCGCCCGUGGUCCAUGCCGCGCCCCCAGCGGCACCCGUCCUCAUCGCUGGCAUCUUGAACCGCGAACCGAAAACUUUGGUUACCGUUGGUCAGCCAUCAAGCAUUGACGACAGUGAAGCCCUCGACGAGAUUAACUUGAACACCAGCAGCGAGGAUUCCGUUGGCGCAGGUGGAUCGAGUCCAUAUCAAGGCGCAGGCGAUCGAAACGCCAAUCCACUGUUGGAACCACCACCGGAAGCCGGAAGCGAUUCGUUGCUGAGCCAGGCGGCCUCCUCCUUUACUGCCCUGCCUGCGGUGGCCUCCAAUGUGUUUUCCACCUUCUCGAAGCGGAUCUACGCCGGCAGCAGGGAGACCUCGGAGGAGCCCAAACUAGACAUACAGCCCUCGUACAUUCAGCAGGCCAGCUACGUUCAGCCAGCAGGUCCAGUGCCCGCUCCCUUUUAUGCAGCUCCGCCAGCGGCCGCAAAUGAAGUGGUCGCCCCCGAACCACCCAAGUUCUAUGCACCUACUGAGGUGCCGCCAACGAACGUAGGAGUUACUGCACCACCGCCUGCAUCGGGAAAUCCCAAUACUUACCGAUUUACAGCCAGGAAGAAGCUAUACGCUCCCAUUCCCGGAUUCUCAGAGCAGUCCGGACAGCCUGCACAGGUUCCACAGAUUCCACAAGCUCCCCAAGUGGCUCCAUCAUUCCAGACGCCACCAUAUCCACCACAGCCAACAUACGCAGCAAAUCCUGCUCCCUUUGACAUAUCAGCUCAGACAGCUCCGAUUCCCGCAGAGGAACGCAAAUCCGGUGGAGGACUCUUCUCAUUGACCAGUCUCGUGCCCACAGGAGUCCUUCAAAAUAUCACAGGACUUGUUCAAUCAGCCACUGGGCGAAACAGUGAACCAGGACACACCAAUAUCCAGCAAGCAGGAGGUUACUUAGACAUUACUACAGCAUCAGCACCAGCUCCACCCACGAACAUAUUUGGUGGUCAACAACCAACCCUUCCGCCAGGAGGUAAUUAUUUCGUACCUGGAGCACCUACAUCCUUACCCUCAGCAGAGGUAGUAGUUCCUCCUUCUGUCGGAAGCUUCUUCACACCGCCGGCUCCAUUACCUGGAGCACAAGCAGCUGCUCCCCCAGCUGUAGGAGCCUUCUUCACAUCUACUGCCCCAGGCGUUCCGCCUUCAGUUUUUGCUCCAGGACCAGUUCCACCUGUUGCUCCGCAGACGGUUCAGUCAACAACUGUAAACCAAUCUGCAUUGCCACCGAACCAUCCUCCGGUCGCAUCUGCAGUAGGAGAAUCAUCUUUUGCUGCAACAACGACAAUCGCCCAAGGAAUUCCAGCCGCAGUUCCAUUUGUUGACACACAAGCUGUUCCAACAAUACCUUUAACAGUUCCACCAGGCAAUCCUCCCCCCACAUCGACACUAGGAGGAUUCUUUACCACAGGUGAAGUUGCACCUGUUGUUGGACAAGCGACUCCAGCAACACAACCUGUAGGAUUCUUAAAUCCAGCAGAAGCAGUACCAACCAUACCGAUUACAUCAUCUGGUGGUCCACCUUCAGGGCUAUUUCCACCAGCAGCCGCUCAGCCCGGUGUCCCAACAGUUUCUAAUCCGAAUCCCUUGCCUAUAACAGCUGCACCACCGCCAGCCGCUGGACAAGCUUCAUAUCGCCUUCAGAAGGGCACUCGUCUCUACAAGAGUCCAUUGACGCCUCAGGAAACCGCCACAUCUUCGGGAUUCGCCGCUCCUCUGCCUCCCAUAACUGGAACUCCAGCAAUUUUUAAUCCAUUUGGAGCACCUGCAGCGGAAUCUUUCAAUUCAGUAGGCCAUCUAGAUGUUCUAACUAGCCAAGGAGUACCACUCUUUGCGCCGCCAGUGUAUAAUCCACCAGGCCAAGUGACAGCUCCCAGUGCAACUGUUGCAGUUCCACAAGCAGCACCUCUUGAACCUCCACCAGCGACAGCAAGUGCAAGUGUCGCUCCUCCACUAUCAGCAUCUAUAGUCAAUCCUCCUCCGACAUCUGGCUUUGCAAGUGUGCCACUGUUCGCUGCACCAACAAUAUCCUCCACGGCUAUUCCAUUCUUUAAUCCUCAACAAACAGUUGCGGAAGUAACAACAGGUUUGACCGAACAGAAAACCGCAGCUGCACCAUCGACAACUUUGGAAGCUCUGGUGCAAGGACCUGCAUUAAAUCAAGAUAAUUCCUUGUUUGCUCCAACACCCUCUGCAAGUCAAUUCUUUGAUGCCCCAUCGCCGAUAGAAACCCAACCGGAGAACCAAGUAGCAAGUGUUUCCUCAGGAAGGGAAAAUCUUAUCCAGGAACCAGAAUCGAACCAAGGAAUUCCAUUCUUUGCGCCACCGCCUCCAGUGACAACGGGAACAAAUAUUUUUACACCACAGCUUCAGCAGGAGUUGAUAACACCAAUAGUGGAUUCCAAGCAAUCUGAGAUUCAGGAAGAACUUUUAUCUGCACCAACACAAGAAUCUACUCAAAGCGCCAACUUGUCAACAAAUCUCGGAGAAGAUACAUACACUGGUCCUCCUGUAAUCGAACCCGUUUUGGAGGACACCCCAGCAGCUAGCUCGGAAUCGAGUGCUCCACUAUUUCCGCCCGCAAGUAAGGUAGAUCAAGCUGAUAUAGUCUGCCCAGAACCAUCUGCGCCGGUGGAGCAAGAGAUUCCAUUAUUCGUGCCAGUACCAGCUUUGUCGGGACAAAGUCAGGGCGUACCCCUAUAUCCACCACCACCAACUGAUUCCACCAGUGCCAGCGCGAUUUUUGCUGCGCCACCAGUGGCUUCAAGUGCUCCACUCUUUGUUCCUGUUCCUGCUUCCGCGUCUGUUUCAUCCUUCUUUUCCCCCCCUCAAGCGGAUUCUACUUCUUCGUUAUUUGCUCCGCCAACGACUUCAUCGUUAUUUGCACCGCCAACGACUUCUACGUUGUUUGCUUCCAUACCAACAACCACACCAACCACACCAGAUCUGAUUCCGGCUACAUCGGCUGAACUGGUUGAUGCACCUCCUGGUUUUCAGGGAUCACCAGAGGUCACCGCAACUAAUCUGUUCCAGGGCAACUCCGAGACCCAAACGGUUUUUAGUCCAUUUGCACAAACUAAAGCUACACCUUUGGUUCAGGAAACGAAAGCAGAGUUGGUUCCACCUCCGAUUGGAUUCUUUGCGCCGAAAAACGAAACAGAAGUUCUAAGCCAGCCGCCACUUGCUCCCUCGCCCCUGCAGAGCUUCUUCAGCACAGCUCCAUCCGCCGAUUUCAACUUCUUUGGAAGUCCAGCACCUGGCAGCGUGUUUCCCGAUUUGCCAGUGCAGCAGGGAAUUGCACCACCACCAUUGACACAAGAGCCACCUGCGGAUGUUAGUGUUUCCAGUACAGCCACAGCUGCUCUAGGAUUCGAUUUGUUAAGCCAAACCCAGCAAGCACCAAGUUUCGUCGAAAAUUCAAAUCAAAAUUCAAGUGUCAACUCUUUCGGCGGCUAUUUCGGUGGCCCUAGUGCCAUUGCGCCAUCCACAGUCGCACCUGAGGCUGCUGCAGCACCUGUUGCUCCAGUUAUACACUGCGAUCCCGUCAAUUUCUUCGAUCAGGUUCCUGAGAGCCAGUCGCAAAUCCAGCAAGCUAACGAGGAUCAGCGCAUCCAGAACUUCUUCAACAAUCCACCGUUGCAGGAUCAACCCGCUGCACCAGGUGAACUCAAGUACGACAUCGUUCACAGCGGCGUGGCUGUAAAGCAGCUGCAAGCGCGCUCACAGACGCCCGUUUCAAAUCUUGUCGAGCCGCCUUCUUCAGCCUGUUCAGAGUUCUCUACCCUUGCUCCAGCACCAACACAAACCGAUCGCCAAUCGGGCGACGAUCUAGUCCAGCAGCAUCUGGGCGAGCUGCCCGAGGAGAUCCUCAGAGAGCUCAGGAUGGCAAGUGCCAGCAGCGAUAAGGGUCAGGUGGCGACGCCUCCCGUGGCUAUACCUUACUCACCAGUGGUGGUUCAUUGGUUCUACAAGCGCAGCGUGGACACAAAGUUCAUUUGGACACCAUUCAGCCACUAUGAUUCGGCCCUAUUGGAAACGAGCCUAAACCUUGACGAUUCCACAUUGAUUAUUCCCGUUGAGGGUGGCCGCUAUGAUGUAAACAUCAAGGAACGCACCAAGACUCCCGUAUACUGGGAGGGAAAGGCCAUCGAAGUGCGACGCUGCUCCUGGUUCUACAAGGGAGUGGACUCCAAGUAUGUUCCCUACACCGAGGAUACGGCGGCACUACUUGAAGCGGAAUACAAGCGAUCUGCUGAGACUGGCGAAUGGCAUCAGAAGAUCAUGCUGGCCAAUGGCGAACAGGUGGUCUUUCACGGACCAACAGUCAUCGUUCACUUCCUGCCGCAACAGAAUGCAGACACUUGGGGCGCCAGUACACAGGGCUCCAUGCGCCCGAGAGUUGUCAAGAGGGACCUGGAUGAUUUUACCAUCGAACAAGGCGAAUCGCAAAGAGUCGAUCACCUGCUUUUCAUGGUCCACGGCAUUGGUUCAGCCUGCGAUUUAAAAAUGCGUUCCGUGGAGGAAGUGGUGGAUGACUUCCGUGUUAUUGCCCAGCAACUAGUUCAGUCGCACUACAAAAACUCAACAGAUAUGGGCCUGGUGGGUCGCGUUGAAGUGUUGCCCAUCUCGUGGCACGGUCAUUUGCACUCCGAAGAGUUGGGCAUCGACGAAAAGCUGAAGUCCAUCACUUUGGAGUCUAUUCCUCGCCUGCGAAACUUCACCAAUGACACGCUGCUCGACGUGCUGUUCUACACCAGUCCGAAAUACUGUCAAAAGAUCAUGAACACGGUCGCAGAUGCGCUUAACGAUGUCUACCUAAAGUACCGAAUGCGACACCCUGAAUUUAAUGGAGGAGUUUCGUUGGCAGGACACAGUCUCGGCUCGCUAAUCCUAUUCGAUUUGCUGUGCCAUCAGGAACCGCUUAAGGAAAGCGAGGAAGAGAAUAAAGAGAAUCCCGACCAACUUCCCCAAAAGCAACCGAGUCAAAAGGUUCAGCUUCCAACCAGCGAUCUUUUGCCGAAACAAGUCAGCUAUGCGAUGGGUCCGGAGGGAACAGGACAGCCUGUGAUUACAUACACACAGCUCAUAUUCCACCCCAAGAAAUUCUUUGCUUUGGGCUCGCCCAUCGGAAUGUUUGUAACCAUCAGGGGGAUCGAUAAGCUUGGCCUCGACUUCCACCUGCCCACGUGUCCGGGUUUCUACAACAUAUUCCAUCCCUUCGAUCCGGUAGCCUAUCGGAUCGAGGCGCUUGUUAAUCCAGACAUGAACGGCAUUCGACCGGUGUUGAUACCCCACCACAAGGGACGAAAACGCAUGCACCUGGAGCUGAAGGAGACGAUGUCACGUGUGGGUGCGGACAUCAAGCAGCGAUUUAUGGACACCUUCAAGACCACGCUGGACAGCGUCAAUUUUUUGACCACGGUGACGAAGGUUAAAAAGGAAGCCGAGGAGUCGCUGGAGAAAGAGACAAGCCACACUUCAUCGCAGACUCAAUCGCAAAAGCAAAACGAAGAUCAUGAUGAGAGUUCUGUUGCUAGCUCGUCUUGCAAACUACGAAAUCGCACCGAUUCUAAUUCGACGACGGCUUCUGACCCUGAGUUUAUAGAACUUGAUUUCCCACUGGGUAAGCUGAACGACUCAAAGCGUGUGGACUAUGUGCUUCAGGAAGCGCCCCUAGAAUUCAUCAACGAAUAUAUUUUCGCCUUGAGCAGCCAUGUGUGCUACUGGGGCUCCGAAGAUACAAUUCUUUUCGUGAUGAAGGAGAUUUACGCCAGCCUGGGAAUCAGCACAGACAGCCAGGUGCCGCAGUCCUCAAUGACCAUCGAGCGACCCGUCUCGCAUGAGAGCAGUGUAAGCCAUUCGCUGUUGCCGAUGUGAGUCCACAAAUAACACGAGAGCUCUGUUGGAUCCAACCUAUCCAACGUACCGUACACACCAUAACUAUAUAUAAAUUUAGUACCAAUUUAUUUAGAUAUGUUAUUUGUUAGCCAAAUCAUACAAAGAAUUUUCCAUAUGUGCAACUCUAACAUGGUUAAAGGUAUUAUCAAAAUAAGAAGUCUUUAUCGUUAUGAGUGACUAAUCCGUAGCAAGUUCUCGAGCUUUACAAAAUUACAUAUGUAUUCAUCGGAUUGGCACCGAAGAGACCUAUUUGUUAUUUUUGUAAUAUCGCCUGUGUAAUUGACUUUGUAACAUUUAUGUUAAACAAAGUGUAUGUCUAACAAAUUUUAAAAUAAAUAACUACCAUUGUUUUCAA